AUGCGCCCCCGCGACCCGGGUCCGGUGUCUGGUCCCAAAGCUGACCUCCAGGGAAUGGAGGCGCCCCGUUCGGACGUCGCUGGGACCCAGCUCGACCCCGUGCACAACCGCAGGAAACACUGCACGGCCCUGGCCAUACAGCCUUUCUUCCUCCCGCAGGUUUACGAUGAGAGAGAUUAUAGGCAGAUACGGUUCGUCAGUCGUCAGAAAGAGGUGAAUGAGAACUUCGCCAUUGACCUGGUCGCCGAGCAGCCUGUGAGCGAGGUGGAGAGCCGAGUGAUCUCCUGUGAUGGCGGCGGAGGCGCCCUGGGCCACCCCCGAGUGUACAUAAACCUGGACAAAGAAACCAAAACGGGGACCUGUGGCUAUUGUGGACUCCAGUUCAAGCAGCACCAUCACUAGGGGAAAGGCGGCCCGUGGUUCGCGCCAGCUUGUGCGGGCGGAAAUAUGUAGCGAUCAUGAGCACUGUGUUUCAGUAGAAUUUUAUUUGAAUAAAAGAUUAUUGUGAAGGAA